AUGGCGGUAGCCCGUGCGGAAGGCAUCAUCAAUGCUGACCUGCUGGCCGCAGAGGUGAACCUGGAGAGCCUUGGCUUGGACUCGCUAGAGCCCGUCCUCCCGCUGCUGGCAAACAUGCCGCGGCUGAAGGCUCUGAAGCUGGCGCACAACAAACUGACAGGCCUCCCCUGCGAUCUUUCCAGCAUCCGGCAGCUGGAGUACCUGGAUAUAUCCGCCAACCCCAUCACGGGGCUGAGCACUAUUGUGCGUGGGCUGUACAGCCUCGUCAUACUAAGGCACCUUUACGUUGAUCUGCCUUUUGAGAACGAGGAGGACGAGGUUAUCGUUUCCCUUCACUCCUUGCAAAGCUUUAACGGGACGUCGUUGACGGGCGUGAUUGAAGAUGAGGAGAUUCAUAAGGGCAACAAUCGGAGUGAUCCGACCCCGUCGCUUCAGUCCUUUCUCAAGGACGCAAAGGAUACCUCAAUGGGCUGCGAGAUCCUUACUUCGCCACCGCCACAGCAGAGGCAUCAUCAGCAGAAACCCCCGAACCCCCAGGAAUGGAGCAACGAAGACACAGUGUACACACAGGAACUACAUGCGCUGGUUGUCGAUGCCACUGGAAAUAUUUCCAACCGAAAGGAGUUCAACGGUUAUCUUGUCAAUGUCGUCCAGCAUCUUGGCGCCCUGACGGCCACCGAGACGGAUGCGGCAAGUCGUGAGGGUGAGACGCUCAAGGCUAAGAAACUUCUCUACGAGUACUGCCUCGAGGAGUUGUGUCGCGCUGCCGGAAGAAAAGAUAUCGCUCUUGGUCGGGCAUUUACGGCCCUUAUAAAGGCGCAAACCGCUCUAUUGGAGCGCUACGACCGACUAUGGCGUGGUAUCGCCGAGGAAAAGAGCGAGCGAAUUGCUGUAAUGAAGAAAGACAUGCAGGACGCUAUCCACGAGAUCGAGUCGCUCAUGAGCCAAGUUGGCCAACCGAGCAGUCGGAGCGGUUGCGCCGGCCUCGACGAAGAGGCGGAGUUGCAGCGGCUGCAGGAGGAAGUCGGGCGGCUGCGGACGGAAAACGAACGACUGCAGACAAAACUGCGUCUGACGGAUGUAACAGGCUGCAGCCCAAACCUGGCGUCCGCUUCAGCCGCGCGAGACACAUCAGUUUUUGCAGACCGCACGCGGGUUUCGCCCUCACGCUCGCAGACCCCGCAGUUUGGCAACAAGGUGCUAACGCUUCGGCAGCUCAAGAGCACCAUCGAAGACAUAUACGUGUCCAAGAGUAAGUAUGAUAUUAAGUGCUCGGAGAGCCACCUCCCGCGCGAGACGAUGGAGCAGCACAUGUACACCUAUCUGAACCAGCGCUACGGCCUGAAGCACAUCAUUCUUGACUGGGCCACCGCCAUUGUCCACGGCAUAAAAAAGUAUGCCCCCGAAGACAAUGAUGUGGCGGUAUUUGGAAGGAUUCUGCGAAACGAGAUCGACGAGGAGUUUCGCUUUGUGCAGCGGCAGGUGCGUGAGACGGUGCACGAGCUGCUUCGUGUCUACGUGAAGGGCAAACGGCCAUCAAACAGCGACGCGGAGAUCAACAAGAUUGUGCAGAAGAAAGUAAGUGGCACUUUGCUGGAGGACGAGUGGGUUGACAUCGUGAAGUACAUGUAUAACACGGAGGAUGCGGUCGCCAUCAUCAUGCGGCUGCGCGACCAUCUCCGUCAGUUGUCACAGCCGCGCCGGCGCCGCUCGAUUCAGGGGGGGCAAGAGCCCACCGCGACCGACGCCGUGCAGCUGCCGUACACUGACCUCAUUCGUAUUCUGCUUGAUUUCCAGCUAGAGGGGCAUGAACGCUUUCUCGCCCAUUUCCUCACCAUCUUCCGCCGCCACGAUGCGGACCGCAACGGCAUCGUCAACGCGCAGGAGUUCGCCGCCAUCGUGAAGAGCGUCGACCCCGCCAAGACGGACGGGGAGAUUAACGCCGUGUUGGAGCUGAUCGAUCCGUUUGGGAACCAACUCGUCACGUACUCGGAGUGUGUGACGUUCCUCAGCACUGAAAUCGUGAAGAUGCGGAAUGUGGAGAGACGCAGCUGA